CUUAGAGGGUAAAAAGACUUAUGAGAAGCAAAACAAGUUAUCCGUUUAUCACUGUUUGCAAUUUUUUACGCGCGGAAAGGUGAAAGAUGUUUUCUGUGAGGUCACGAUUGUCUAAAUAUCCUUUUUCUCUUGGGAAAGUAUUUAAAGAUAAACAAAGUCAAAAGGUAUUUUUACCAGCAUGUCUUUAUCAGCCGUAUUCUUCUAUGAAAGACAGGAAUUCUUGGGUAGUUUUAAGUGAUGAUGGAAAAAUAAUUUGCUGUUGGCAUCCUGAAGAAGCACCACCAUAUGAACAUACAAAGUCUCUGCCAAAGAUGGAUCCUGAGUUUCUUGAGGGAGAUUCAGUGCUUAAGGUACAGUAUAGGCGGGAUGCCAAAUAUUGCUUCAAACCUGAUGGACCUACCAUACCAGAGUUAGCAAAAAUGACAUAUACCACUAAACACAGAUGGUAUCCUAACAAUGAAAAGAAGUAUUUGGAUCCUAAUCCUCCUGUGGAUAGAGAAGGAAUCUGAAAUAGCACUUUUUUUUUUUUUUUAUUUUAAAGUUAUACUUUUUUUCCUUUUGAAGAAAUAAAUAAGUUAUUUUA